UUUUUUAAACUGUUAUCACUUUCUAAUUCUGCAGUUUGGUCCUUUUUGGGGAGCUCUCACUGUGAGCCUUUAGGUCCUGGUAGCCAUGCUCCAUUUCCCUGCCACUGGGACUCUCCAGUCUGUGUAUACUGCUUCCUGGCCCGCUUCUUCUGUUACCUUUUUGUGCCAUGUGCUUACAGCACUACUGGCAUGCUGUUAGAGGCCACUGGGAAAGGCACACACUCUUGCCUCAGUGUUAAUCUCCAGUUUUCUUGCUGUGCCUUCCCUCCACUUCCAUACACCAGAAAUAUUUUCCAGGUUAUCUUUCUACAUGAUGGGCCCUGCGUGCUGCUUUUUGAAUGGUGCAGGAACAGCACACUGGGGGUAGGGAGCAGAAUAGGGAUGUGUGAUGCCAGGUGCAGGCUGGCUUUGAGGAGCCGUUGGGCAGCACUGUUGCCUUGCAUGCCUCCCCACCGUGUUUGAUGGCAUCUUUUGAGGGCGCAGUGCAAGUGCAGCUGCAGUUUCCUCCUCAUACUGCAGAAGAGUGUUCGCUUUGGUACUUGAGAAGGUGCAGCUGCUCAGGGACUGGUUGAUGUGAGAGCUGCAGGACAGAGCAGGGCAGGAAGGCAGUGCUGCUGCCUGAGCAGGGCACAGAUGGAAGGCGAAGGGGUGAGCACCCUAGGGAAGGGUGAUGCAGCUGCCUGUGGGGAAUGGAGCUCCUCUCCAAGUGAAAAUGGCUUGAAACUUCACGAGGAGCCUCUUCUCAGAAAAAAUCCUCGUCGGUUCGUCAUCUUCCCCAUCCAGCACCCGGACAUAUGGAAGAUGUACAAACAGGCCCAGGCUUCCUUUUGGACGGCAGAAGAGGUUGAUUUAUCAAAGGACCUUCCUCACUGGAACAAGCUAAAACCAGACGAAAAGUACUUUAUCUCUCAUGUUCUCGCCUUCUUUGCAGCCAGUGAUGGAAUUGUAAAUGAGAAUCUGGUGGCACGCUUUAGUCAGGAGGUGCAGAUCCCAGAAGCUCGUUGUUUCUAUGGCUUCCAGAUCCUCAUUGAGAACGUUCACUCGGAGAUGUACAGCUUGCUGAUAGACACUUACAUCAAAGAUCCUGAGAAAAGAGAUUUCUUAUUUAAUGCUAUUGAAACAAUGCCUUGUGUCAAGAAGAAAGCAGACUGGGCUCUGAAGUGGAUUGAAGACAGACAAUCCACUUUUGGUGAGAGGGUGGUUGCCUUUGCUGCAGUUGAAGGCAUCUUCUUUUCGGGUUCAUUUGCUGCUAUAUUUUGGCUGAAGAAGAGGGGCCUAAUGCCUGGAUUGACUUUUUCCAAUGAACUUAUUAGCAGAGAUGAGGGUCUACACUGUGAUUUUGCUUGUCUAAUGUUCCAUUAUUUAGUGAACAGACCAUCAGAAGAGAGGGUCCGGGAGAUCAUUGUUAAUGCUGUUGAAAUUGAACAGGAGUUUCUCACAGAGGCAUUACCUGUAGGUCUGAUUGGAAUGAAUUGCACUUUGAUGAAGCAGUAUAUUGAAUUUGUUGCAGACCGGUUACUAAUGGAGCUUGGGUUCUCAAAGGUUUUUCAUGCAGAAAAUCCUUUUGAUUUCAUGGAGAAUAUUUCUCUGGAAGGAAAAACAAAUUUCUUUGAGAAGCGGGUUUCGGAGUAUCAACGUUUUGCUGUUAUGGCAGAAACAAUGGACAAUGUUUUCACUCUGGAUGCAGAUUUUUGAUGCCUUGACAAAUUAGCACUGACUGUCUCCCUCUCCCUUUCUGCUGUGAAGUUGUCUCCAUUUCUUCUGCUGGAGUUGGAGCCCACUGGGAUUUUUUUCC